GUGUAGCUGUUUGCACUGGCAGAGGUCAAAGGUCGGGAACAGUAGGCUAUUGGAAAGUCAAGUUGAGAAAAACAGCAGAAGGUAAUAAUGAAUAUAAAGUGCAUUAACUAGCGGUGUGGUACUUCAUAAAACGAGUCGUUCAUUGUUGAGGAAAUCUGCGCCGCUUGCUGCCUAAUGCCAGCUGAAGCGUGAUGCAUCCAGAGCAGCCCAGAACGGGCUUCGCCCUGCAGAGACGGCAGGCAGAUUCUGCCCCUCGGGGUGCGCUGAGCACCGGUCUACUGCAGGGCCUCAUCCAGAGUGCCAGGCCUCCUUCCUUCUGCUUCCUGCUCCCCAGGGUCCACGCAGCUGAUGUGGCUGCUGCCCAGCCAGCACAGAUGCCUCCCUCCUCCUCCUCCUCUACCAGUCCUGCUCCUGCACCCAUCCCCUCUCCCAGCAACUUGGGCAAACCAGAAUUCCCAGACACAGGAUGGGACCGUAUCAAGGACCUCUUUGACAGAGAUGUAACACAGAGGUACCCAGAGGAGCUGACUAAUGUGAUAAAGAGUGGCGUAGCUGCGGCACUGGCAGGCUUGAUCUACGGCGGCCUGCCAGCAGCACGCCAUGCCAGGCAGAAGUAUAUCCAAGUCAGCCAGGCGGAAAUGUAUACGAGCCGAGUGGAAGCAGUGCGCUCAGCCCACAACGCAGCAAUCCGGGGUUUCGUGAGAUACGGAUGGAGAUGGAGCUGGAGAGUGGCUGCUUUUGUCACCAUGUUCAAUUCUGUCAGCACAGGGCUGUCUGUGUACCGAGACAAGUAUACCCUCAGCCACUAUGCUGCUGCUGGAGCUGUGACUGGAGGCCUUUUCAGGCUGAACCUGGGACUUGGAGGGCUGGUGGCAGGGACGGUCAUCGGAGCAGUGCUGGGGAUUCCCACUGGUGCUUUGAUCAUCAGCAUGCAGUCAGUGGCUGGGGAAACUACCAGAGAGAGGAGGAGGAGAGAGCGCAGGGAACUUUAUGAGCUCAGACUGGCAGAAUGGGCGGCCCGUCUGCAGUUGACAGAUGAGUUAAUUGGAGAUCUGAAUGUCAGCUCUCAGGCAGAGGAAACCAAUAAGGACAUGCAAAGGAUCCAGGAGCUGCUCAGUUUACCACAGAAUAAGGAUGUGACUCAGGAAUCAAGCAGCCAAUGACAGAAACUGCCUGACUGGCUGUUACCGGUUGGUCAUUGAAGGUGGGACUUAUUUCCCUGGACUCCACACACCUUUUCUCUUACUGAAUGGAAAUUCUUUCACAUCAGAAUUAAACAACACUGUUGUACCUCA